AUGGAGGUGGCCUUGGUAGACUUUGAGAACCUAAAUGACCUUGACUGCACCCUUGAAGAUGAGGUGGACACCUAUGCUGAUGAGACCACAGCUCUCACGGUGGACCUGCCACCAGAGCACAACAGCCCAGGCAGCAACUACCUUCUGCGAGCCCCUCAACUUUCCUCUACGCCCUCACACCACAGUCCAGUGCCAACCUGCAUUUGGGAAUCCACCUCAUUUUCACCCAUUCCACAGACACAGACACUGGGAGUACCUAGUUCCCCAACAAUGCCAACUCCAAGCAGGCAGGGGCGCAGUAGCUGCGCCAGCAUGAUUUCCAACUGGAAAUUGUUACUAAGCAGUGAGGGCACUAAGGAGAGUGAGACAAUCUUCAGCCGGCUCACUAAGGAGUGCUGCGAGGAUCUGUAUGUAGAUAAACGAGGGCUAGAUGAUGGAGACCAGAAAGUCAUCAUCAACAUUGCAGGUCUGCGUUUUGAGACACAGCUCAAAACAUUGGACCAGUUUCCUGAGACACUGCUAGGAGACCCUUUGAAGAGGAUGGAUUACUUUGAUCCAAUGAGGAAUGAGUACUUCUUUGAUCGGAACCGACCCAGCUUUGACGGAAUCUUGUAUUACUACCAGUCCGGGGGUAAGAUUAGACGACCAGCUAAUGUUCCCCUUGAUGUCUUUGCAGAUGAAAUUCUGUUCUAUGAGCUUGGAAUUGAGGCCAUGGAGCAGUUCAGAGAAGAUGAAGGAUUUAUAAAGGAUGUUGAGAUCCCUCUACCUAAUAAUGAUAUGUAUAGGCAAUUCUGGCUGCUGUUUGAGUACCCAGAGAGCUCCAAUGCAGCCCGGGGUGUAGCACUGGUGUCUGUUUUUGUAAUUGUCAUAUCCAUCAUAAUUUUCUGCAUGGAAACUCUUCCAGAAUUCAGAGAUGAGUCUGACCCUGUCGUGCCCACAACUGUACAACCUUUCAACCAAUCCAAGGGUUACACUUCUGUGGCUCCACCUGGUGUAAAGCCCACAACCUUCUCUGAUCCGUUCUUCAUCAUUGAGACUGCCUGCAUAGCUUGGUUCUUCUUUGAGCUGUGCGUGCGAUUUUUGGUCUGUCCUAGCAAAAGGGAAUUUUUCCACAACCUCAUGAAUAUCAUAGACAUUAUAUCCAUCAUCCCCUAUUUUGUUACUGUGAUCACAGAAUUGGUUACAACACCAGAAGAGAGCUCAGGACAGAACAUGUCUUUGGCCAUUCUGCGUAUCAUCCGCCUUGUCAGGGUGUUUCGUAUAUUCAAACUUUCACGUCACUCCAAGGGGUUGCAGAUCCUGGGACAGACUCUGAAGGCCAGUAUGCGUGAGCUUGGCUUGCUCAUCUUCUUCCUUUUCAUUGGCGUCAUCCUCUUCUCCAGUGCUAUAUACUUUGCGGAGGUAGAUGAGCCUAACACACAGUUUGUCAGCAUACCUGAUGGCUUCUGGUGGGCUGUGGUUACCAUGACCACCGUAGGAUACGGGGACAUGUGUCCCAUUACCAUGGGGGGUAAGAUGGUGGGCACCUUGUGUGCCAUUGCGGGUGUUCUGACCAUUGCUUUGCCUGUUCCGGUUAUUGUUUCCAACUUCAACUACUUCUACCAUAGAGAGACAGAAGCAGAGGACAAGUUGCCCUUAACAGAUGCUGUUGAACAAGCCAUGAAGGCUGAGACAGGUACCAAACAGGGUAGCAACACCUCACUCAAUAUAGCCAAUGGCAUCUGGCAGAGUGACAAAGGAAAAUAA